AUUUUAUUGGUCUGUUUUGUAAUCUCUUAGCCAGUCAAAAAUAUGUUUCCUAGUAAACAUAAUACAAAAUAUAACGAAUUGUAUAUAAACAAUGUUGUUAUUAGCACAAUCAAGCUUUAACCUGACACCCUAUGAUAAAGUGAUAUUAUUUAAUUCAAAUCGUGAUAGGUAAAUACGAUAGGAUUACUUUUACAAUGAGUUUAUAUGCCGAUAUUCAAAAAGUAACACAAAUACCUCAGACAGAUGAAAAUGUUGUAUUUGUACGUCGAAAAGAAUCUAAUACAGUUAAACGAAAUCCAAAAUUAAGGAAGAUCAAACCUCCACAGAAUGUAAAUUUGUAUGAUUACGAUUGUAAUGAUGGCCAACAUGAUGUGCUGCAAGAGCGUAGCAUACAUGAAAAUGAAAUUGCAUCCUCCAUUAUAGAAGCUAAUUGUGGUGUUAACUAUUCAAAUGAAAAACUUGAGGAACAUUGGAAACUUAGACAAAUGAAAGCUAGUUUAAAAUCCAAAGAUUAUACUUUUAAGGAGAAUUUAGAGUCUGAUAAUAGUGAUUACAAAAAUUCAACUAUGGAAACUUAUAAUGGAAUUUCCAUGUUAGAAAAUAGUGCUAAAGAUAAAAACAAUACUGAAAAUGUAGAAAGUACUUUAAAAAAAUGUGGUCUUAAUAAAAAUGCAGUGAUUAAAGGGCUUUUAAAAAGUCACACGAUAUCAAUAAACGAUUUACAUAUACCAAACGAUUGUACAAAUAUAAGAAAAAGCAACAUUCAGAAUGAAAAUGUUCCUUCAUCAAGUAGUUUAAGUCAAGAAAACUGUAUGAAAUUAAUUCCAUUUCCAGAAGAUCCAGAGGUAUUGGUUCAAUCUUUACAAGUUCAUGGUUAUAUAGAUGAAAAUAAAUAUAAAAAUAUUGACUUUUCUGUAGCACACAUAGGUAAAAAAAAAGCAAUUACAGCACGACAAUAUUUUAUUAAUAUAAACGAUAGUGAAUUUGAUUUUGUAAAACCAUGUAGAAUAGGCAAAAAAUAAUUUAAAUAAGUAAAAACUAAUAUCUGUUACUUUUAAAAAGUAUCUAUUAACGAAAAUAAAUAGUUUAAUUUUUUAUUAUAUAUAAAUUUUAUGUUCCGAAUAUUAAAAAAAAAUUAAGUUACGUUAUAUUUAUUGCAAUUUUCUUAAUUUGAUAGUAUCAUUAUAAUAAUACAGCUUUCAAACAAUGGAUUAUUUUACUUUUUCAUAUCUUAAAAUGAAUAUUUUUGUUAAGAGAUGUAGGUAAAAAAAUCAUAUCUUUGUUCUAAAUGAUAUAGUUUUUAUAUAUAUCUUCGCAAUAGGUAUAUUGACGUUAUAUUUUUCCUACUUCUAAAAAUGUAUUUAAACACAGUAGAACUCAGUUUAUAUGUACGAAUCUUUCAAGGGACAAGUUAAUUCAUAUAACCGUCGUUCAUAUACAGAGUAAGUUAAUAAGAAGUACUAUAUAAAAUAACUUAUCUGUUGGUUUUAUCGAGAAACGUCUUAAAUGAAUUAUGUUGCAUUUCAGUGAACUCAUUUCUUUCCUAAUAUCUUAUAUUUUCUGGCAUGUCAAGAUGACCUUGAAUUUUUUAAAUGAUAGCGUAUAUUUUCUACAACAUUAAUCGAUCCUGCUGGAUAUUCUCUACAAAAAGUAUUGAUCUAUUUAUACUGAAAACCGUUAGUUUAGUAGAUAUUAUAACUUUAAUUUAUCAAAUUUAAUGUAUGAGAGACAAGAACAGAGGCGAAACGAUCUUCUUAUGUUUAUGUUGUCUUUGUCUUUCAUACAUUAAAUUUAACAAAUUGAAGUUAAAAUAUCUGCAAAACUAAUGGUUUUUCGGCAUAAAAAGGUCAGUACUCUUCUGUAGAGAAUGUACAGCUGAGUCUACUAGUAUUAUAGAAAAUAUACGAAGCCAUUUAAAUUUAAAAAAAACUGUUUAAAUAGUUUUUUAAAUACCAUUUAAAAAAAAAUAAUCUCAGAAUACAAAAAAAUAGUGUUGUAUCAAUCUGAUGAAUAUUUUUAAAUGUAACAUUAUUCGUUUAAAAUGUUUUUCGAUAAAUAAUAAUAAAUAUAGGUAACGAGUUAUUUUAGAUAGUUCUUCUUAUUGAAUCCACCUACAUACAUAUUUCUGCCCACCACCUACAAUUUUUCGUUCAGUUAAUUGGAGUUCACACAUAAUACAUAAUAAUGUUGCAAAUUUGUAUCGACUUUGAAACAUGAGAAUGGGUCACAUAACGCGUACUCCUACUGUUUACAUUUUAUUGUUAGACGUUCAUAUAAGUGUAUUGACGCUCGGUGGUAAUUAAACAAUAAAAUAAAAUAAUACGA